AGAAGUGUGGAGGUAACCUCAGUAGUGGUAGCAGCAGCAGCAGCAGCAAAAAGAAGAAGUUAGUUUCACCUUCAUCAGUUAUUUCUUCUUUUCUGGGCCACUACUGCACUGCAUCGGGGACACAUCGCGGGGACCGUUAAUCAGUUGACCGUCGGACGGAAUAGAAGUCCUUUCCGAAGACAAUGCGGAAUUCGGGGAAAAAAUUGGUGCGAGUAAGCAAAUAGUGCGUUUCGUUCGGUGCGUUCUUAAGUGUUAAGUGUGUUGAAGGCUGCGGCAAUAUUGAAGAGUUCGAAGUUCGAACCGCGGCUGGCUGGCAACCGGAGGUGAAAUCGAUUCCUAUAGUGUAGUUUAUUAUUGUGUCCGUCCAAAAAUCUGGAACAAUCAUAGGCUGGGCCCUUCUACCAUUGUGCACAGUGAUUGUUAGUGCAGUCGAUAUAGAUAGCCCAACCAGCUAGCAGUGUUCUGCUCAUGGUCAUCUUUACCUUCGAGGUCGAACCAAAGAGUCCCCAAAAGCACCAUCAUCAUCAACAACAAUAACAGCAGUGGCAGCAGCAGCCGCAGCAACAACGACAGCAACAGAAAACCGAUUCUCUUAUCAUAUAGAGGCCCAGUUGCCACCGCCACCACCAGUAGUGGAGAGGAGGAUUGGUCCAAUAAUCUACCCGCCAGCCACAGCCGCCAGUUUCGGUGGUUUCGGUUCGGUUGAGAACAAUCAAAGGCACGCACACACGGCGGCCACGGCAGCAAACUCGAACCGAUCCCCGAUCCGAGGAGAAAGGGAUUUCGGUGUGUUUUUGCGUGUUUCUUCGAUCGGUUAAGGGAAAUAUGAGAAAUGCCGCUGAGGGCGGAUGAUUAAAUCAUCGACGACGACGACGACGACAACGAAAUCUUAGGAGUUGAAGGCAGCAGCAUCAUCAUCAUCAUCAUCAUCAUCGUCGGUGGAGUAGAUUACAAACCAUCAUAUUUGUGUUGUUUCUCAGCAACCCCUCGAAAGGAGUGACCCCCGGGGGAGCCGCCGUCCCUCCGGCAGCAGCAGCAACAGCAGCAGACAGGGGGAGACAGUUUGUUUAGUGUGCACGUGCCGCAUUGCGAUCGUGACUUUACCGACUGCACUUGUUUGACAACAGCAAACAACAACGACGGCACAGCGGAGAGCCGCUGAUUGAUUCUGGGAUUUAAAACGUGAUUAAUUGUUUUUGUCUUUUUUUUUUCGACCGCUCCGGUGUCACCCCGCUUAGGUUCGGUGCGGUGGUUUUGAUUAGUCAUUUAGCACUGUAAUCUCGUAUUUCGGCAAAAUUCUCGCCAACCUAGUGAACGACAUGGCUGCCCAGCCAGCUUGUACCCGGUUUUCGGAUAACUACGAAAUCAAGGAAGAGCUGGGAAAGGGUGCGUUCUCGAUCGUGAAACGAUGCGUGCAGAAAUCCACCGGAUUCGAGUUCGCUGCUAAGAUUAUCAACACAAAGAAGCUCACGUCGCGGGACUUUCAGAAGCUAGAACGGGAAGCACGGAUAUGCCGCAAACUGCAACACCCGAACAUCGUUAGACUGCAUGACAGUAUUCAGGAGGAGAAUUACCACUAUCUAGUGUUCGAUCUGGUGACCGGUGGAGAACUGUUCGAGGACAUCGUAGCACGUGAGUUCUAUUCAGAAGCGGAUGCGUCGCACUGUAUACAGCAGAUUCUGGAAUCGGUCAAUCACUGCCACCACAAUGGAGUUGUGCAUCGAGAUCUGAAGCCGGAGAACCUGCUGCUAGCGAGCAAGGCCAAAGGUGCUGCCGUGAAGCUGGCCGAUUUCGGUCUAGCGAUCGAGGUUCAGGGCGAUCAGCAGGCAUGGUUCGGAUUCGCCGGUACACCCGGUUACCUCUCGCCGGAGGUGCUGAAGAAGGAACCGUACGGCAAAGCCGUCGACAUCUGGGCCUGCGGCGUUAUCCUAUACAUUCUACUAGUUGGCUAUCCGCCGUUCUGGGAUGAAGAUCAGCACAGGCUGUACGUGCAGAUUAAGGCCGGUACUUACGAUUACCCGUCGCCCGAAUGGGACACGGUCACGCCGGAGGCGAAAAACCUAAUCAACCAAAUGUUAACAGUUAACCCCUACAAACGAAUCACCGCAGCCGAAGCGCUCAAGCAUCCCUGGAUCUGCCAGCGAGAACGCGUCGCCUCGGUGGUACACCGACAGGAGACUGUGGACUGCUUGAAGAAGUUCAACGCGCGGCGCAAGCUUAAAGGUGCUAUCCUAACUACGAUGCUUGCCACCAGAAACUUCUCCAGCAAGAGUAUGAUCGCCAAGAAGGGCGACGGCUCGCAGGUCAAGGAGUCGACCGAUUCGUCAAGCACCACCGUCGAGGAUGACGACUGCAAGGCACGCCGGCAGGAGAUCAUCAAGAUCACCGAGCAGCUGAUCGAAGCCAUCAACAAUGGCGACUUCGAAACGUACACCAAGAUCUGCGAUCCGCAUCUGACCUCGUUCGAGCCGGAAGCCCUCGGCAAUCUGAUCGAAGGCAUGGACUUCCACAAGUUCAACUUCGAGAAUGUGCUCGGCAAGAGCAACAAGGCCAUCAACACGACCAUCCUAAAUCCGCACGUGCACAUCUUCGGCGAGGACACGGCGUGCAUCGCGUACGUCCGGCUGACGCAGUACGUCGACAAGCAGGGUCACCCGCACACCGUGCAAACCGAGGAGACCCGGGUAUGGCACAAAAAGGACAACAAGUGGCAGAAUGUGCAUUUCCAUGGCAGCCGCAACGGCAGCUUCAGCCAGACGGCCACGCAGUACGACUUCGUGAAUCACAAGUAAACGUGCCGGCGGCGGCACCAAAAGCAUUAGCAGUAGCAGCAGCAGCAGCAGCAGCAGCAGCGGCAGCAACAGUAGCCGGAGCGACGGAAAAGCUCUCGUCAGCGCCGUCUCCCAAGCGGAUAGUUUUGUUUGAUUUAAAUUCUGAGAAGAAAAAAAAAGCAACUACAGAUUAUGCUUGUUCGUUAAAAAAAAACAGAAUAAAUUAUUGAAGAGGAAACUAGUUUAACGAUUCUAAUAUCACUGUAAAAGCAAACAAAAAAAAAAACAACGGAACGGAAAGCUAGAAAAUGAAUCAACCGUGUGGUGGACGCGAGUGAAGUGUCAAAAAAAGAAAAAAAGAAACCGGCGCAGAAAGUAGGCGGUGCUGAGAACGAUGCUUUAAAAAGAAAACGUAAAUCCCUCUCAAUCAACAACCGCGCAUAAGCAAAAGUGAAACCGCGUAAGCAAAAAUCAUAUUUUCGUAGAAAAAAAAACUAUUGAGGAAAUUUUAAAGGAAAGCUAACCGUUUACAAUAAUAACACAUACACAUACAACACAGUCAGUCACAGUCAUACAUUUUUGCCGAAAAUAGAACCUCGAUCUCUCGUAGAAUGCAUUGAAAGAGUAAGGAAAAAUCUUUAAGAAAAAAUUAAAUGCGAUUUUUUACAUGACUUAAGCAGGCACUGGACCGGCAUUAAUAGAUAGAUUGGUAAAACAGCCAUGUUUGAUAGUACAUCCAAUUGCAUUACUCAGUGAACAACAAACAGUUUCGUAUCUCUCCCGUUUUUUCCAACAAAAAAAAACAAAAUAUAUUUCUCAAGUUCUCUCUAUAAAUUCAUGUUUUAGAGUAUUUAACAAGCAACAGAAACCAAAACCAAUCAAGUGAAUGUAAUCAGUAAGAAACGAACACAAAAAAAAAACUUAAGAAAACGAAUCUUGCCCACUGCUGAAAAAGAACAACAACAACAAGAACAAAAUCCUAUUAAACGCAUAACUAUCGUUAGAGUGCUGUGCUAUUUGAGAAGAAUAAGAUCAAGUAGAAAUUUAGGAAACAAAAAAAAAUACAAAAGAAUAAAACCAAAACACGGAAAACGCUGCUGUUAGAGUGAGAAAGAGACUUAGAGACUUAACGCAAACAACAACACCCAUAACAAACACACAGAGAACACUCUGCCCGAUUCGCCGGGAUUGGUCCGGGAACGGCCCAUGGCAGGAACACGCGAGAGUAAGCCUAAACAAAAGGGAAAACACAGAACAGCAGCCAAAACAGAACACACAAGCAGAAGAACAAACAGAAAACUGAAGGGAAAAAGAAACCAAAACAAAAACAUCGCAUCUUACUCUACUCUACAUCGUCACCGUAUUAGAUAGAAAACGUUUAUAUAGUAUGUAUUUUAAACAAAAGAAAACAAAAGGGACAGGAAAAAACCAUAAAAAUCAUUAGAAAUUCUGCGCAGCGCAACGCAAAAAAAAACAUCUCUGCAAAACGAAGCAAAGCAAAGGUCGAGGAAUUGAUAUCCUCAUCCAAAAAAAAAAACUUACACUAUCUUACAUUAUCACUAAAACAGAACAAACUAACAAACAGAAAACAUUUAAAAAAAAGCAGCCAGGUGGUUGGUCGGUGAUUUGGUCGGUCGGUCAGUCAGUCGGUCGGUCGAUCGGUCGGUGACGGAGAUAAACUUGAUGAUGGUGAUGAUGGAGCAAAGCAAACUUUUUUGGCGAAGCAAGUUUCGCGCGUGGAAACACAGAAGACACAGAAAAGAAAAGCUGAUGGAUGGGAGCGCAACCUGCCCAACCUUGAUUGGAUUGGAACUAGCUGUAGCUGGAUGGUGGUCGUGACUGGAAGCCCCCCCCCCCUCCCGCUUCCGCCGGAAAUGGUGCUCCAAUGUUGUCUCUUAAGGUGUCGACAUCCCCGCCCCAUUGUUGUUGGUGACGGUCCUACGGUACGCAGUGGUGUGCUGUAUUACUUUUGUUGCGAAAAUCCUUCUGGCGGCGCAUCGAAUGGCCUUCCUACCCUGCCAGCCGGGCCAGGUUAACGGGGAGGGAAAAGUUUGCUGUUUGACCUUCACCGGGGAAAAAAAGAAACGAUUCACCCAGCCUACUACUAUAGUACACUAGUACUAGUGCGAAAGAACUGGUUUAGAAGCUGUGUGCGGGGGUCAGCUGAUUGACAUGAGAAUUCCAUUAACCGUCACGGUGUUUGGUGGAAAACCGGAAGAAGAAAAAAACAACGGGUUCCUAAACUAUACACCAAUCGUAAACCGGGGAAAUUAAAAUUAAUUGACCAGAAGAGGAUGGACAGCACUUGGGAAAGCUUAGAACAGCAGUUUAGAUAUGACAAAAAAAAGAAACGACAAUUGGAAGAUUCUACAAGAAUGCACUUUGAUGACAGUUGCUCUUUAACGACGCGAAGCGUCGUUGCCAGCGAAACGGAUAAACAACAACCGUUCAUCAUCGUCAUCUGCUUUGCUGCUUUUUGUGAUUGAACGAGAAAAAAAGGACAUGAGUUGUGUUGAAUUGUUGUUAAGUUUUCAAGUAACUCUUUCAGAUCAGUGUUAGCAAAAUAUGUUGUUUUUUUCCCCUGUAUACAGGUUUCACUCAGUUGUUUUGUCAGUUCAGAAUAAUUUGUUAGUAGUUUUUAGGUGGUAAGCUGGGAAAGGAGGAACCAACCAUCAGCAGAGAAGGUUGAGCUCGAAAAAUAGGACAAUGUAAGCGAAAUCCUCAAAGCAUAUGGAUCGGAAUAGAACAACGAUUCGCGGUAGAACGUACCGUCAGAGGCUGAUCGAUCGAAAUGUUAGCAGUUGUGUGUUGUGCCGACAGACCGAGUACGAUUCAUUAUAGUCAUUAUUUUGUUUGUGUUAUCAUGUUGAAUUAUUGCAUAUGAAGAAGGAGAAAGCAACCGUACGUGAGUGUGUAUAAGUUUGCCCGAAAGAGAUCGCCCCUAAUUGAAGACAAACAUAGAACAGGGCACAAACGUGCACACAUACAUGUACCUGUACAGAUACAUACAAUCAUACGAACACUUAACGAGGCAGACAUAAUUUGAAUUUUAAAUGACCACAGAGAAAGAGAGAGAGAAUGCUCCUCCGACCAAAUGAAGCUUGCACAUGCAUUUGACACCACACAGGCAGGUUAGGCAGGGUCCCCUCCAUGUCCAACGAACCAUCGAGCGCGGACUGUUCGAAUUCAGUUUAAAUUAUAAAUAAUGGAACGUCGUCGUUCGAUAAUCUUGAUUGAUGCUUUUCUACAACUGACGAGGAAAGGACUCACCUGGUCGCAGGCGGGUCGCUUGAUCCAUCCUGGAAAAUAAAUGAACUUUAUUUAAAAGCACUUGAUAGGAAGAAAUUCCAUCCCGGAUGGACUCACCUUUCUGGUGUCAAUUUACCGAGCAUCAAUCGGCGCUCGUUGGUACGUUCGCUCGAGACACCGUAGUUCCGUUUGUCACCGCCACCGAAAAAGCAGCUCCUGAAAAGUAGAAAAACGAGAAAACCAAUAACAAUCAGCAACAGUAUAGAAUGUGCCAAACGAUAAACGUCGUUAUUGUUUAAAUUUCUCCCCUUCUGAAUCCCGUCCAUAGUCGGUGCUCAUUCGCAAUUUGUUGUUACAUAAUAGACUCAAAUUCCUUAUAAUCCAAGAUCAAAAAAUAGCAUCAGUUUCUGCCAACAAAAGACAGUUGAAGCAAGACUGCGUCCAAACCGACCCAAUUACCUACGCAUGCACACAUACGGACAGACACACACACACACACAUACACUCACAUCAACUACACAACAAAAGGAAAAAAUCGAAAAAUAUAGCGCAAUCGCAUUUGUUAGGUUAUGUUUCGUUGCAAACGAGGAUGAGAGUUUUGUGAUUCUUUCGACGCGUUUUCACUAGAAACGAGAUGACUCUAUAUCUGACCAAGAAAAAAAAAACAAUGUUAGUUCAAUCUUAAUCGAGUGUUAGAUAACGAAGCCGGAGGCUGGAAGAGAUAUGUAAAACAUUGAACCACAUUAUUGCAUCGCAAAAUGCAAAACGUACAUACAUACAACAUAGAGUGUAGUGCAAAAAAAAACAAACAAAAAAUCAACAAAUAGCGCACCAUUCAACUUUCCAAUGUUCGCACUUUUCCCCCGUUUAAAUCGACUUUUUCCCCCCCAAAGCCGAAGUAAAACAAGCAAAAAAAGAAGCCCCUUAAAGCGUUAGAAAAAUCAACGGCAACCAACCAACCAAGCUGAAGUAAAAGCAAACGAUCUCUUAAUAUAUUACAUAUAGCAUACAUAUAUGAAUCUUUAAAUUCUUUAAUUUUUUGUCAUUGUACACGAGAUGGAAUCACUUGUUAUUAAAUGCAGUUGAAAACAAAAAGGGAAUGAAGAAAACUAUAAACAACCACCAAACGUAAACAAAGUAGGCGAAGCGACGGCUCAUUCUACUGACACGAACACACAUUCACACACACGCAAACAAACACCCAUUCAGUCACACUUUCUAUCUUUCACAAACACACACACACACACAGAUACGCCGCCAACAUCCAACAACGCAAACGCUAGUAUAGCCGCUCUUAAUUAUACUUAAGCAAAACAAAGCAAGCAGAUGUUUAUCGCAAAAGAUUAGCUCGAUAUACUACGAUUGAAGAACUCUUUUCUCUCCUUUGAAAAAAAAAACCCCUUUGAUGAUGAUCGAAUUGACGCUUGUGGAAGCAGUUGUGUAGUUGCAAAACAGAAGAAGGCAAAAAAAAGCAAAAACCCAGAUUGAAUUUAUUGACGAAUUAAGAAAAGGAAAGAAAAAAAACACACACACACACUUUAAAUCAAAUUUAAGCGAAAGUGGAAUCGUUAAGAAAGAAGAAAAAAAUAUAAACACAAAUUACAUCUAGCAUUUUUUUAUUUUUAAACGUGACCAUAUAUAAACAAAUAACAACACUAAAAAAGAAAAUAUUUAUAUGUAAAAGUGCGUGCAUUUGUAUUUGUAUUUUGUCUCUUUGAAUGAAAAUACUUAAAUAUAAUAAAGAAGAAAAAACAAACACACACACUCAGAUAGAAAUCAGAAUUAUGGAAGUUAGCUAUUUAAAUCAAGUGGCAAACUACUGUACGCGAUGGGAGUGAUUAGAGAAAUACCACACAAAAACAUACACCACAAACACAAACACAUACAUACUUACAACAACAACAAAAAAGUGGAACGAAACCAGCAAAAUCGGAAUCAACAAAAGAAAAACAAAAGCAAAGCCUACUACUACUACAACUACUACUAGAGAAAAGUAAAAAAAAGUAAAACUACUACUAAACAAGCAUACAAGCAAAAACCACACACAACCAUAUACCUUCUCUCUCUCAAUCGUCAUAGACAUACGAAUAUAAGAAAGUAAUAGCAAAAUAAAAACAUCAUGGUGCGAAUCGAAACUGUGGUAAAACAUUAACCCGCAACCGACAAGCACACACCCACACACACACCCACACACACACACACAAACAAAUACAUACAGACACGCCGACACUCAACAACAAAAAUGCGAGACAUACUACAUAUACUACUAUAGCGCAUAGUACGAUUAAAAUAGCAAUCAUUAAUGAACACCAUACCAACAGAAGGGACACUCAUGAACAUUAUUUUAGUAACGUAAAACCGACGGAAAGAAAGAAAAUCUCAAAUAACAACUUAGAGGGAGGACUCCUCCCUCACACAUACACACACAUACAUACGGACGGACGAACGGACAGCCCAGACACCCCCGAACACACACACGCAUACACACAAACACAGAAUACACAUAAUAUUAAAUUUAAUAUUAAAUUAUAUAUUAAACAUGAGAAACAAGAAAGUGAAGAAGCAGAAGAAGAAAAAAAAAACAAAGCAAAAAAAAAGCAAGAAAAUGCAGAAAAUAUUUAAGAGUAAAUUGUUUAAUCUAGUCUUCAAAGGUAAUUAAAACAUUAAAAGAAACGUAAAACAACAUUUAAAACAAAGCGAAGAAGAAGAAUAAGAAGAAGCGAGAGGAACGAAAGAAGAAAAAAUGUGGACGUGAAAAACCAGCGCCCAAGCAAGUAAGCAAGCAAGAAACGAAGGGUAAGAAACCACACAGAGGCAGACGCAGACAUGCAGACAGACACACACACACACACACACACACACACACACGCAUACACACACAAAA